UGGCAUAGCACAAAAGAUAUUCUGUCCCAGGUGGAUAUAUGUGAGAUUGAAAUGCUGUGGGAGAUUUCUGAGCAGUUUUCAUAUCCUCCCAAGUCUUAUUCUCAGCGGACUGUAGGAUAGAAGCCGCAUCCUUCAUCAACUCCUUUUCAGCAGCCAACAUGGAAGAUAUGAAACUGGAUAUUCCCCGUCCCAGAUGAUGGUAUGAGGAGUUCUGCUGUUUCAGGAUCUUGUCGGCUUCUGCAAUGUCAUCGUUGAGUAACUUCAACAAUGCCUGUUCAACCUGCAAUAGAUGCCGAUCUUCUUCCUCGGCAACCAUUGGGGCCGUAGCCUUAGUCGCACCUCUGAACCACCGGCUCAUGUUGUACUUGGUAUGGCACGUGUGUUGAUUCCUUGGGAGAUAUAUUUCCGUAGUCCACCCGGAUCAGACGGGAACAAUACUCAUGGAUUUGGGACAAUUCAGCCUUUCUAGCUGCACCUUGGUCAUAAGAUACAAUAAGAUUACAAGCAGAAGUUUGAAACGGCAGCCUCCGCGGUCGAGGAAGAUGUUGAGGAAGGAAAUAUUUGAACAGUCAGCAACGCGAUAGAGCGGCGGCGGCACACUAAACGAGUCAAAAGAGGUGGGAUGAAUUUGCGUCCGGAGGAAUACAGUAUCAAAAGAAGACCGAUUUCCCCAGAAAAGCAGAACUUCACAAGAAGUAACAGUAAAAGCUAGAUCAAAUUUCCACUCAGCAAAAGAUCCCCACGCCGCCAUCGAACAGGCCCCGACGGCGACUUAGAUCCAUUUUGGUCGCGGCCUAGUGGGGUUUCUUGCUGACUCGUUCGGUUGCAGCAUCUCAAGCUCGCUCGCAUUCGUUUUCAAGCCGAGCUCUUGACAUACAAAUCAGCCUCAAACACCACAAGCGCAUCACCUUACGAAACCUUCCAAAAUCCAUAUCCACAACUUUCAGCAGUCAUCUGUACACAUACCGUGCCCUCGUCAUACGCGUAAUCGAUAUGUCGGCUGCACCAGCAUCAGGCGCUGCGCCGGCCAGCAAGGCUGUUGCCACAGACAAGAGCGACGAGUCAGUAAAGGAUAACAAGCCUACUGCUGCGCUGGAGGAGGAUGAUGAGUUCGAGGAUUUCCCAGUUGAGAAUUGGACACAAGAAGAGACCGAGGUACCGGGCGACAACACACAUCUGUGGGAGGAGAGCUGGGAUGACGAUGAUACGAGCGAGGACUUCUCUGCGCAAUUGAAGGAGGAGCUUAAGAAGGUUGAGGCGACCAAGAAGCGUUGACGAGAUUCGAUCAUGGGUACGGAUAUAAUGGCUAGAUGGAGUUUGGGGCUUUACUAGAGACCACCAUAAAAGGGUAGCAUACAAAUGGCAUCACUG